ACUCGUUCGGAGGUGCACUACCGCAGCAGCUUCUCGGACGAGCGAGUCACUCACCAAGUUGAGUCAUUUCCAGUAUGGUGCUGACUGUUCGCUCCGUUGCGCUUAGCGCCGCAAUUGUUGCAUCUUCGACGGUUCUGGUCCAGACAACUCCGCUCGAGUACAACCCGUACACUCCUCUUGAGGUUAACACGCCGCUGACUGCUUCGCACCCGGCCUACGGUGCCAAGCCAAAUGAUGACUGCGUCAAGCCGAUAAUCCCUGUCGACCCGAAUGAGGCUCACGCCCAAUCGGCGAUGGUAAAGAACGGCGUGACGUACCGCAAGCUGCGCGAGAUGGAGGAUUCGUCAUACUCAGACAUUGACGAUCUCUCGUCCUACUUCGGUGAGCAGCUAGAGGUUGGUUUCUCGGUCCUAAAGGAACAGUUCUCUCACGCUACGGCUCCACACACACCGUGGCCUAGCAGCUACUGGCCUACGUUCCAGGACAGUAUAAACCAUGUCUGGAAAAGCGGAGAGGACUGCCCAUCGGAGAAGUACGCAAAGGCUUAUGGUCUCGAUAUCACGGAUUUCAAGGACAAGAUCUCCGCCACCAACGGUAUCGACUCGGUCAAGAACGGUAAGUCAUGCCGUACGAAAGCAGACUGCUAUGGCAACGGUGAGUGCGCAGUACGAGACGGCGCUUCGACCGGGUACUGCAUUCCGUCAUGGUACGGCCUUUGCCACGCAUGGGCACCGGCUGCUAUCCUGGAGCAGGAACCCAAGUGCAGCGUCGAGUUGAAUGAUGUGAACUUCCACGUGUUCGAUAUCAAGGCGCUACUGACAGAAGUCUACGACGGCGCUGAGAUCCCCACUGUGUUCACUGGUGCUCGCUUCAGUGGCCCGGAUAAUGCUGCAGAUGUGGACCAAUUCGGUCGGUUCACGAAAUCUGCCCGUCGCGACUUGGGUGCUGGUUUAUUCCACAUCGCAAUCAGUAACAUUAUGGGCAAACACCAGACGUCGUUCAUCAUGGAUGUAGCUGCAGACUCCGAGGUAUGGAACCAGCCUGUGUCGUCUUACAAUGUGCAGACGAUGGAGAUUCUUGAUACUACCAAAGCAUGCAAGAAAUACUUCGACACGCCGUCAUACCCGUUUAACACCGGUAUGGUGCAUCUUGCAUACGUCAGGACCACCGUCACGUGGACUGUUGAGGCAUACAUCGAUGGCGCACUG